UAUUACAGAAAAGAAAUGAUCAACUCAGAAAUGGGUUAACAGAUCAAGAAAAGAUACUUAGAGAAAUCUUUGAGGAUAAAUAUUUUGAGUACCAGAAAUAUCGAGAGAAACGAAUAAUUAACCUUAAAGAAAAUUUGAUAUUUAGAGUAGAAAAAUUCGUUGAAAGGAUGAGUGAAAAGGAUGUUGCCGAUGAUAAAAAUCAAAAUAUUGACAGCAAUGCCAAUAACAAUAAUGAAGAUAGUGAGAGAAAUGAUGUUGAAAUAAAACAAUACGCCGAGUGUUCAACUUACAAAGAAGCGGAAAUUCAAAUAAGAAAUGGUCUGUUAACAAAAUCAAUGAAUGAGAUUCAACAAUCGCUUGCUAAAUUACCAGACUCGUUAUUAGGUUGGAAUAGCAAUUGUGUGGAAGAAGCAAAGAAUAUUGAUGUUAAAGAGUUAGAUUUUAAAGAAAUCGAAACAUUGAGAUUAGAUAAUGCACAAAAAAUUCUUGUUCAAAGACAAAACGAACAUGAACAACAAAUUGAAAAAGGCAAAAAAACAAUAAUUCCUAACACUAAUAAGAUUAAUAACAGCCUAAUAGGUAUUGAUAUGUUUGGUUCAACGGACGGUAUUAUUAAUGCAUUUCACACCAGCAUUAAUAUCACCAAUGAAAUUCUUGGGAAAAUGCCUCCAAAGAAACCAUCAGUAGAAAAAAGGAAAAAAAGUGCAAGUGUUUCAGAUUUUUUACUACAACAUAAUUGUCAUUUAAUUUCAAAUCUUAAAAGUGGACAUAUUCCAAGAUGUGAAAAGUGUGAUCCAACGAAUACAGAUGGUAAUGGUAGUACAAUUGAUUCAAUUGAUGAAUUUAUUAUUAAAGAUAAACAAGGAAAAGAGAAAAAAGCUGGAAUAGAUCAUAUUGCUCCAAAAAAAACGGAAACCGUAUUCAUAGGAAAAUAA